AUGACAGGCGAAGAAGCAGCAGCUGCUGCUGCAGCAGCAGUCGCCUCUGCUGCUGCUGCGCCUGCAGCAGAUGCUGCAGCCGCAGCCGGAACACGGGCGAAGUCACCUCCGUGGGAGACUUUUGCUGCUGCUGCUGCUGCUGCACAUGCAGAUGGAAACAAAAUUGUUUUCUUUGAUGUGAAAAAGAGCCAUGCGCUCAAGGCCAAGGGAGAAGCAGCUGCUGCUGCUGCAGUUGCUGGUGCUGAUCCUGUAGCGGCAGACGCCUCAGCGGCUGCUGCUGCAGCAAGUGAACAAAGGGAGAGAGCGCCAGCAGCUGCUGCUGCUGCAGCAAAACAGCAGCAAGACUUAGCGCCAUUUGCACCGGUCACGCUAGCAGCAACAGCGGGAGCAGCUGCUGCAGCAGCAGCAGCAGCCUUGGUGAGCAGCCAGGAUGGAAGCGACGCUUCGCAGGCGACCGUCCGGCUGCCAAGACUGAGCCAGGAGCAGCAGCAGCAGCAGGAAGAACAAACUCAGCAGCAGCAGCAGCAGCAGCAGCAGGAAGAACAAACUCAGCAGCAGCAGCAGCAGCAGCAGCAGCAGGCGGGGCUGUGUCCCUCGGCGUGCGGGGACAUCGAAGACCUGGCGGCGGCGGCCAGCGCGCUGUCGGCCCCCGCCACCCCCCGCAGCAGCAGCAGCAGCAGCAGCAGCAGCAGCAGCAGGGUGGGGGGCCUGGAGCUGAAGUACCUGGGCCCGCUGCUGGCCCGCAAGCGGCUGCUGCUGUCCGCCACCGAUUUUGCUGCUCAAGUUUGGUGCGACCGCCAGGCCGAAUUGUAUCUGCGCACUUUCACCAAAAAGUUCCCUGUGGCUGCUGCUGCUGCUUCUCGCAGUUUCACUGUGGCUGCUGCUGCUGCUGCUCCUAGUUUUCCUGUGACUGCUGCUGCUGCUCGUAGCUUUCCUGUGGCUGCUGCUGCUAAUUCUUCUGCGGCUGGUGCUGCCAUUCUUGCUAGGGCUGCUGCUGCUGCAGCAGCAGCUGCUGCUGCUGCUGCAGCAAAAUUGACGAAUAGGCUGCAGUGUAUGUACACCUCAGGCACGGAGCAGCAUGCGGCGAUAGAAAUGCGCUACCAUUUAUACUGGCCCCUUGAAGUUGAAAACAUACAAGACUUCUUAGGCUUCAGGCUGCUGAAUUCGCUGCAGCAGCUGCUGCAGCUGCUGCGCCGCGGCUGCUGCCGCGAGGUGUAUCUUCUCUCGGACGCAUACCCAGAAGCGCCGAGCAGCAGCAGCAGCAGCAGCAGCAGCAGCAGCAGGGAGACUGUGCUGCUGCGCGGAAUAAUCGAUGAGCUGAGUCUCGUCGUGAGAGACCGCGUGGGGUGUACGUACACUCCAGCGCUCGAGCACCUGCAGCAGCUGCAGCAGCUGCAGCAGCGCAGCAGCAGUGGUUCCGCGAGCAGCGGCAGCAGCAGCGGGAGGGCGCGCUGCAGCUGCAGCAGCUGCAGCAGCUGCUGCUGCACUCUGUGUCAGCUGCAGCAGCUGGGAGCAGCAGCAGAAGCCUAUUUGCUCAUCAGCGACACCAAAACAAGAAGACAGCCAACAACACCUUCCAUGGCUCAGAAGCAAACAGCAGCAAUUCAGCUGCAGAUAUACAACUUCAUGGUGCACACGCUGCAGCAGCAGCAACCGCAGCAGCUGCUGCAGCUGCUACAGCCACUCGCUGCAGCAGAGGGAGAGGAGAUUUUGGCCCCUUUUGAGUCCCCGCUGCUACUGGAGGCUCUGCAGCAGACUGAGCAGCAGAUUCAGCGCAUGCACUGCAGCAGCAACUACUGCAGCGGUAGCAGCAGCAGCAGCUGCCUCACCUUUGACGAAGCACCCAAUCUCAAAACAGUGCUGCUGCUGCUGCAGCAGCUGCUGCAGCGCCUGCCUCCCCCUGCUGACGAGCUGCACAUCGUUUACGAGUGCCAAGGUAAGAUCUUUGCCCGCGAGCGGGUGCCGUUUAAUUGGGGCGCUUUCUCUUUUGCCUUUUAUGAUUUGCUGGCCUGGUGGAAAGGAGAAAGACUCACGGAGGGAGUCGGGAGUUCGGAACGGUGGAAAUGCCGCUACUGCGAGUUCGUGAGUCACUGCGACAUGACCCCGCUCACCCCAGAAGAGAGGCAGCAAGCAGCGCAGCAGCAGCAGCAGCAGCAGCAAGAGGAGGAGAUGUUUCUGCAGCAGCAGAAAGAACAAGAGAAGGAACUGCUGCUGCAGCAGCAGCAACGCGACGCAGACCCACAGCAGGAGUUCCACCAAGAACAAAAGGAGAAUUCCAAGCAGCUCCAAGCGCAGCUGCAGCAAGAUGAGGACACAGUGCGCCUCAAAGAACAGCAGCAGCAGCAGCAGCACAAGGUUAAUGAAACAGAACCCAAGCGGGAACAACAACAGCAGCAGCAGCAGCAGCAAGCAGCACCAAAGGGAGUUUCUCUUCCCCCCUCUUCAGUAGACAGCAGUCUGGUUGCAGCACUACGAGCUGUAACGAGCGGCGGCCAAAUCCAGCAGCUCUUCCCGCAGCGGCAGAAGCAGCAGCAGCAGCAGCAGCAGCAGCCGUUGCAGCAGCAGCAGCAGCAGAGACCAGGGCAUAGUGGAAGUCCCUGUGCCCCCUUUUCAGGCCUGCAGGAAGCAGUUGCUGCGCUCAAAGGGCCGGCGGCAAAGCCGGCAGCAGCAGCCGCAGCACCCCCUACUGCUGCUGCUGCUGCUGCUGCUCCUGCUGCUGCUGCUGCUAGGCGCGGAGCAACAGCACUCGAAGCGCAGCUCCGCAGACGCGGGUGGCCAGUGGCCAGCGGGGCCGAAGACUGUAAGGCUCCUGCGCAGCAGCUGCCGGCCCCGCAGUGGCCCAAAAAGCAGCAGCAGCAGCAAAAGAGGCAGCAGCAGCAGCAGCAGCAGCAGGACCUCGUGGCCAAGAAACGCAGUGGGCGCAUCACAGACUUCUUCUCCUCUCUGAGCCCCAAAGUGCACCAAGUAGAGUCAAGGAGUCAUCCGCAGUAG